AUGGCUUCUCAGCAAGAUUUUGUGGGCCGAGUGAUUGGGGCCGCUUCCCAAGGAGCAGUUGGUGCUGUGGUGGCAGCUUCGCUGAGCGCUGUAACGGAGCCCCUAGUGAACGCCAUGCUGGUGAAGCGAGUCUCUUUGAUGGAGGCAUUGAAGCUUUUGGAUCCUGAGAUGAUCAAGAAGUUCUUGCAGACCACCCUUGCUACCAACUUUAUCAAGUUUCCCUUCUUUGAGGCCACUAACAUCAUCAUGCAGGGCGUGGACCUGCCUCCCACGGCCAGGGGAGCUGCAUUGGGAUCCGUGUUUUGCACCAUCACUCUUCCUAUCACAAACUACCGCUUCCGCAAGUCUAUGAACUUGCCAGUGACACCAGGCAAUCUCUACCAGGCCUAUGGACCGACUGUGCUCCGGGACAUCAUCUAUGGCAUUGCUCGCAACAAGGUUUCCGUCUUCCUCAACAACUUGAACCCCACUUUUGCAGGCACCAUGAUGGGCCGAGUUGUGAACAUGUUCGCCACUGUCGUGGCGGCAUGUGUUCUAUCAGCCCCAGGCAACGAGUUGCGCGGCUACUGCUUGCAGCCACCGGACCGCAAGCAGUCCUUUGGCGACUUCUUCCAACCAGCCAAGUUCAUCAGAAGCACAUCCGUGGGUGCUGUGAUCAUGGGCAUUAGCUUGGCCAUUGGCACAAUGGCGACACCGCAGGUGGAGAAGCUCGUCGGGGUUGUGAAGGAGUACUUGCAGAAGAACCCAGUGAGCUAUGUCUUGAUCGUGCUCUUCGUGCUCCAGCAGAUCUUAGCCAUGAAGCGCCAGGGUGAACUGGUGGAGAGCAUGGAGAAGAGGAGCCGGGUCCUGCGUGGUUUCUGCGCGGGUCUGCUUUUCAUUGUGGUUGCCGUAGGUUCAGUACAAUUCGCUGUAUUUUUGUAG